CCGCCACCCCGGGAGCGAGUCAUGGUGGCUGCACUGGUGGCGGCGUGGCUGCUCCUGGCGGCCGCGGCCUGCGCGCAGCGGGAGCAGGACUUCUACGACUUCAAGGUGGUCAACAUCCGGGGCAAGUUGGUGUCGCUGGAGAAGUACCGCGGGUCGGUGUCCCUGGUGGUGAACGUGGCUAGCGAGUGUGGCUUCACAGACCAGCACUACCGCGCCCUGCAGCAGCUGCAGCGGGACCUAGGGCCCCACCACUUCAAUGUGCUUGCUUUCCCCUGCAACCAGUUUGGCCAGCAGGAGCCCGACAGCAACAAGGAGAUCGAGAGCUUCGUCCGCCGCACCUACAGUGUCUCUUUCCCCAUGUUUAGCAAGAUCGCAGUCAUCGGCACUGGUGCCCACCCUGCCUUCAAGUACCUGACCCAGACUUCUGGGAAGGAGCCCACCUGGAACUUCUGGAAGUACUUAGUGUCCCCAGACGGGAAAGUGGUAGGGGCUUGGGACCCAACCAUGUCGGUGGAGGAGAUCAGGCCUCACAUCACAGAACUCGUGAGGAAGCUCAUCCUGAAGAAGCGAGAAGACCUGUAACCACUUUCCCUCCUCUCCCACUGUCCCCUUCGCCCCCCCAUCUUGCAUGGGUGACCAAAGCAAACUCAAAUGGUGCUUCAGAGGGAGAGCCCAUUGACUCCUCCCUCCAUUCUUAUUCCUCCUAGGCCAUCACUCCUGCAGGGGAAUAAUUCUAGUAUUUUGAUGAUUUGAAUCUUAGAGCAACCACUAGGAACUCCUGGCCAAUGAGAGCUCUUGACCAGUGAAUCACCAGCCAUUAAGAACCUCUAGCCCCUGAAAACAUGUGGCAAAUAGAAGUAUAUCAAGCAAUAAUCUCCUACCUAUUAAGAACUCUGUAAAAUGGGGUCAAUUCCUACCUCACAGGGCUGUUGUGAGGAUUAGGAUGAAAGACCUAUGAAUGUGCCUGGGGCAGUGCCAGCUCAAUAGGAGGCAUUCAAUAAAUAUUUUUUGCAUAUAAACCAAAAAAUAACUUGUGAUCAAUAAAAACCUGCACCCACAUGAAUUUCCAGCCAUUGACAAUCCAGGCUAGACAUUUAUAUGUUGUUGUUGUUGUUUUCUGGUGUAUUCUUUUUUUAAUUACAAAAGUAAUUCAAAUUCAUUAUAAGAUAAUACAGGGUGAUGUAAAAUGAAAAUGAAAGUAUCCCGCUCAUUUUCUAUACUCUCACUCCCUGGAGGUAAAACUAUUUGCAAUUUGGUACAAAGCCUUCCAAGCCUUUUUUAAUCAAACUAAUCAUUAUUUCCCAAAAAGAAUUCACUGACCAAAAGUAAACUACAAUAGCAAAUAGGCAAAGGAUAUGAACAGAUAAUUCACAGAAGAAUACAGACGGGUAAUAAGAAUGUGAAAAGAUGUUCAGCCUCAUUCAAGUUGGAAAGAUUUUUUAAAUGAUAAUACCCAUUGUUGGUAAGGAUGUGGGGAAAUGGGCUUUUGCAUAAACUGUUGAUGGGACAACAAACUGGCACAAGUUUUUGGAGGGUGAUUUGGUAAUAUCUUUUAAAACAAAUGUUCAUACCCUUUGAUCCAUCAUUUCUGCUUCUAGAAGACUCCCAAACUGUGCAAAUAAUGUGUACGAUAAUAUGUAUGUAUACUGUUCAUAAUAGUGGAAAUUGGAUUCAAGUCUUGUGUCCAUCAAUAUGGCCUGGUAAUAAAUUAUGGUAC